AUGGGUGAUGUAUUUAUAAAUCUAUCACAUCUUAUAUUAUCAAAUAUUGUUAAUUUCAUUCAAAGUAAUGAUGAAAGAAUCAUAUUUACUUUGAUAUGUAGGAGAUUUUACUAUAAUAGAGAUAGAUAUCUUUGUUUUAAUCAGAAUAGUGAAAAGUGUUUUAAUCAAAGUGUAUUUCAUAAAAUUCGAGAAACUUACAAUCUUACUUCAUUUAAAGAUCAAAUAAAUAGAUUAGUGAAUACUGAGUUUAUAUUUAUGAAAGAUGAUCAUCAUUCAAAACUAGAUAAAAUCGAAAUUCAAAGUGAAAAGAAAACAAUUACUAUUCAAAUGAGAAAUCGAGCACUUUAUCUGCCAAAGUUAUUUAGAGAUAGACUUGAACGUUCAAAUGUUGAUACUCUAUAUAUCUGUUGUUCAUUUGAUAUAGGAUUCGAACAGUUUCCAAGAAAUAUCAAAUCAAUAACACUAUAUUCGCAUGGUUGUUCUAACGAUCUCAAAUGGCUACCAGAAUCACUGGAAAAGCUGAAAUUCAAGCGACUUCAGAAUAUUAGUUCACCAAUGACAUCGACAAUCCGAUACCUUGAUUUCGGUAGUUUUGAUUCUAAUAAGAUUGCAAUCAAUAUGUUACCUCCACAGCUUGAAGUACUGAUCUGUGGAAGGUCCACUUUGAUUUUUGAUACUGUAGUGGUUGAUAAUGAACAACAUCAGCAACAACAACAUCAACUUCCAACUAGUCUAAAAAGAUUGGAUAUCAGCUGCCUGUAUGUCAAUCUACUAAGAAAUCUACCGGCUCUAAAGGAGUUGACACUUAGAUUUGAAGGUCACCAGUUUAAACAAGUUGAUAUUCCAUCGACUGUCACCUCGCUAAAACUUAUAGAUAUCGGUAGUCAACAACUACAACCUAAAGCUCUAACAACACUACCGGAAAUACGUCACUUAGAAUUUGUACACGGCGAAUUUCAAUCAACAAAUGACAACGUUCUCAAGGGAAUUGGUUCCGAAAUCGCUGAAACAUCUGGAAAUAAUCAAAUUUUUCAGAGACCAGUUGUAGUAGAAUCACUUCCCGACGAUCUUGAAUCACUUGUACUCAAUGGAUCCGGAGCAAAUUUUACAAUGAAGGGAUGUAUCUAUCCAUCAUCAUUAAGAUCGAUCAAUGUAAACAAAUCUUUUUUUACUAUAAAUCCUAUCGAAACGAUUCCAAUAACGAUCGUGACCGUCAUCAUAGAAGGAUUGUUGUAUCACAGUCAUUCUAAACUUCAAAGGUUAGAUAACACUCAUUUCUUGCUGUUCGAUGUCAAUUAUAAAAUAGUAGAAGGUAUCAUACCUAUUUCGAAAAUCAAUCAAUUGAUUAAAUCAUUUGAAAUAAAAUAUUAUAAUUAA